AUGGUAGAUGUGGGAAAAUGGCCAAUUUUUGCACUUUGCCCUCAAGAGGACCUGAAAUCCAUUCAACAGGCUUGUGUGUUUGGUUCCGGAAAUGAGGUUUUAUACAUCACAAAAAAUGAUGAGGUCUUUGUGAUGGGGACAAACAGCAGUGGCUGUCUAGGGACUGGAGAUGCUCAGAGUACGAUUGAACCAAGGUGUCUUCCUAUGCUCUCUGGAAAGAAGAUGGUGAGCCUCAGCUGUGGAAGUGGACCACAUGUAGUCAUUGUUACUUCAGAUGGAGAAGUAUAUAGCUGGGGUCAUAAUGCCUACAGCCAGCUGGGCAAUGGAUCCACAAAUCAAGCCUUAACUCCGUGCCAAGUGUCAACUAACUUAGUAAAUAAGAAAGUUGUAAGUGUGGCUUGUGGCUCACACCAUUCAAUGGUAACUACGUCUGAUGGUGAGGUGUAUGCUUGGGGAUACAAUAAUUCCGGACAAGUUGGUUCUGGCUCUACUGCUAAUCAGCCUAUUCCAAGAAGAGUUACCAGCUGCCUACAGAAUAAGUGUGUUACUGGCAUUGCUUGUGGACAGAUGAGUUCUAUGGCUAUUGUAGAAAAUGGAGAGGUUUAUGCAUGGGGCUACAACGGAAAUGGACAGCUGGGGUUGGGAAGCAGUGGCAACCAGCCAACACCGUGCAGAAUAGCAGCUCUUCAAGGUAUUCGUGUGGAACAGAUUGUGUGCGGCUAUGCUCAUACCCUAGCACUAACAGAUGAAGGUGGAAUGUAUGCUUGGGGUGCCAACUCCUAUGGUCAGUUGGGUACAGGAAAUAAGAGUAAUCAGUCCUACCCCGUUCAAGUGUUUGUGGAAAAAGAAAGAAUAGUAGAAGUAGCAGCCUGCCAUUCAUCACACACAUCGGCUGCCAGAUCUCAAAGUGGUCAGGUAUACAUGUGGGGCCAGUGCCGAGGACAAGCUGUCAUCUCACCACAUCUCACUCACUUCACCUGCACAGAUGAUGUGUUCGCCUGUUUCUCCACUCCAGCCAUAAUGUGGAGGCUGCUUUCAGUAGUUGUUUUUCUGUAUUUGUUCCCUUCUGAAGAGCCAGAUGAUCACCUGACUGUAGCAGAGUCAUUAAAGAAGGAAUUUGACAAUUCUGAGACGGCUGACUUAAAGUUUUUAGUGGAUGAAAAAUAUAUUCAUGUGCACAAAGUUCUUCUACAGAUUAGGUGUGAACAUUUUCGUUCAAUUUUAAAUGAAAGUGAGGAAGACAUCAUUGAAAUUCAACAGUUUUCCUAUCCGGUAUAUCGUGCUUUCUUGGAAUAUUUGUAUACAGAUAAUAUCAGCAUUUCUCCUGAGGAUGCCAUUGGACUUCUGGAGCUAGCUACGUUAUACCGAGAAAAUAGACUGAAGCAACUAUGCCAACAGACCAUAAAACAAGGUAUCUGUGAGGAGAAUGCGGUCGUACUGCUGUCAGCUGCCGUUAAGUAUGAUGCCCAGGAUCUGGAAGAGUUUUGCUUCAGAUUUUGCAUAAAUCAUAUGACUAUGGUUACCCAGACGGAUGCCUUUUGUAACAUGGACAAUGACCUUCUGAAGAAUUUUAUUAACAAGGCGAGCAAAGCCGGAGCUUUUAAAAACUGA